AUGGCCACCGUUGCCUCGAUGGUAAGGGCAGAUGGACCUACCAAUAUGUUCGAGUUGAAUGGUGACAAUGUAGACAGUUAUGUCGUUGGAAAGGGAACUUGGAUGUUGGCAUUCUAUGCUCCAUGGUGUCCAUACAGCCAGGAGCUCGAGCCAGUAUUCAAUUACGUUGCCGAAGUACUCAAUGGUGAACUCAACUUUGCCCGUCUAGACUGUGUUGCUGAUCCAUCCCUCAUCUCAAGAUUCAACAUUGAGGCCUACCCUACCAUCAAAGUAUAUCGUGAUGGUAUUUUGUAUCAAUAUGUUGAGGACAGGACCAUUGACAAGAUGAUCACUUUCGUUAGAAAGGGAUUGCCAACCAAUGUGUAUGCCACAUACCCACUACCAAAGUCUGAGUUGGAGACUCAACCAUCAUCAAAGCCAAGUGAGAUGCCACCACCCAUCCAGGAGGGAGUUGAGGUCAAGAACAAUGUCUCAACCAAUCCACUCGAUAUCCAAGUUACCGAAAUAUUGGAUAAGUUGUAUGAUCUUAAGAAUGUCAGAUUCUUAUAUAUUUUAAUUGGAGGUGUUAUUACCUCUUUGACAUGUGGAGCUGUUAUGAAGAGGAGACUGUUCAAGAGCCUCUUGUUCCAUCUUUGGGGCAGAGUCAGCAUUGCAGAUCUUUAA